GAGCGGAAGUUAGCAUAUACGAGAGGAAGUGUAUGAUUAUCGCAGCCCUCAAGGCUGUUUAGAUUAUUGUUUACAUCUCUCCGUCCUUAUUUUACUGCAUCGUCAAGGCACCUUAUACAGUCCUGAACCACAGUGAAAAAAAGGUUCUUCUCCUGGCGUAAAAGGAUGGGAAAGGUUGGCAAACUGGCAUUUCUCCUCUCCCUCCUUGUGGGUGUUUCCAUGCUGACCUUUCUGGAUGGGCGACCCCAACGCUCAGCUGUGGUCAAAUCUGCUGUCAACAAUACUGCUUGGAAAGACACUGCAGCAGAGGUGUCGAGUUAUGCCGAUGUGGCUAAACAGAUCAUCGAGCUUGCUGUGUUUGGAGCAGCCCAGAACCGCUCAUACAGACGCCUCGCUGACUUCACCGACACCAUUGGAAACCGUGUCAGUGGUUCAGCUAACCUGGAGAUGGCUAUUAAAUAUAUGAACAAAGCCAUGAUGCAGGAUGGUUUGGAUGUACAUCUAGAACCAGUAAAAAUCCCACAUUGGGUGAGAGGAAGGGAGAGCGCACAGAUGAUUUUGCCCCGUGUGAAGAAUCUGGCCAUACUGGGACUUGGUAGCAGUGUAGGAACGCCAACUGAAGGUAUUGAAGCGGAGGUGUUAGUUGUUCAGUCUUUUGAGGAACUGAAGCGUAGAGCCGGCGAGGUCUCAGGAAAGAUUGUGGUCUUCAACCAGCCUUUUGUCAGCUAUGGUGAGACAGUGGCUUACCGUGAAUAUGGCGCCUCAGAGGCGUCGAAAUUUGGAGCAGUAGCCACCCUCAUUCGAUCCAUCACUCCUUUCUCAAUUAAUAGUCCUCACACUGGUUGGCAGGACUACCAAGAUGGCGUGAAGCGCAUCCCUACAGCGUGCAUUACCAUUGAGGAUGCUGACCUAAUGUGGCGUAUGGUGCAGAGGGGACAUCGGAUCACUGUCAGACUCACUAUGGCUGCCAGGACGCUUCCUGAUGCCGACUCCUUCAACACGGUGGCCGAGAUCAAAGGCUGGCAGCACCCUGAGCAGGUGGUCCUACUGAGUGGUCAUUUGGACAGUUGGGAUGUGGGCCAGGGUGCCAUGGAUGAUGGUGGUGGGGCCAUGAUAUCCUGGGAGGCCCUGUCACUCAUCAAAGAUCUGGGUUUGCGUCCAAAGAGAACCAUGCGCACAGUGUUGUGGGCAGGUGAAGAGGCGGGUGGAGUUGGAGCGCAGCAGUACUACAAUCUACACAAGGUGAACGUGUCCAACUUUGACAUGGUCAUGGAGUCUGACAUGGGGACAUUCAGCCCAGUGGCGCUGCAGUUUACUGGCAGUGUUGGAGCACGAAAGGUGAUGGAGGAGGUGGUCAAACUCUUAGCUCCUCUCAAUGCAACCAAACUGGAGAUGCACGGAGAGGGGACAGACAUCUCGCCUUGGAUGCAAGCCGGAGUACCGGGUGCCAGCCUCCAUGUGGCAGACAGUCGCUACUUUUGGUUCCACCACACAGAAGCUGAUACUAUGAGCGUUCAGGACCCUCGGGACAUGGAUCUCUGUGCUGCACUUUGGGCAGUGGUAUCCUUCGUGGUGGCCGACCUGGAGGACAUGCUGCCCAGGUAGACAAGUAGCACACUGGAGCUAGGUGCUCGUGACACUGCUGGAAAGCAGUUUAUGUAUUAUGGUGAAGCUGUAGCUCAGGGACCAGAGAAUCAUGGAAUGACAUUUGACACCAAAACACAACAUACAAGGGAGCUUUUUUAAAAUCAAAACAUUGUAAUCUAUUUUAUUAUUGUCCUGAACUCAUAUUGCCUUCACAGGAUGUAGUAGGAAGGAUUAGAUGUUUGUGUAGCAAUUAGUGAUGCAAAUAAUGUUUCUGUCAAUGCAUUUAUUUUUAUCUGUUUUUUUGAGAUAUACUUUAGAUGAUUUAAAUGUUUUUAAAACCAGUUUACAUGUGCUCUUUGAGAUUUUACAAUUAAUAAUUGUAUUGUUUUAUUUUGAGCAAUAAACUGUAAUUACUGUAAACACA